AUGGCCACCUCUACGUUAGAUCCUCGCAUGGCUUUCCAUGCCCAGCAGCAAGAUCCUGGUGCACCCCAGCCACGGCAGCUAAUCUUGCGCUACUUUUACGAGAACGGCACGGUGGAACUGAUGGAGGUGCCGAGCGGUCGGCUGUACUUGAAGCGCACUGCAGUUGAUGCGCCCACUUCUUCCUUCAGGGUCGGCUCGACGGUGAUGCUGUUUGGGAAACCGACCAUCAUCACGGCUUUCGCGGACGAGGUGACGCGGCAGCUGUGCGCGCAGUGCAGCGAAUCGACGACGGUUUUGAUCGCCGAGGAGGCGUUUUCGUCUCUCGGCCGCUAUUUGGCGAUGCUAACGGAGGAGUGCCGCUUCACCAUCACCAAUGUGGAGAUGGUCUGGGUGCACGCAGAGACAGUUUCGGCCUUUGAUCUGCCACAACAGUUGGCAAACACGCGCUUGGUAGUGGUGUUGUGCACUCGAGAAAGGGCGGUGGAAAAGGGCUUCGACUUUGUAGAGCGAGCAAUUGGCACCUGCACCGCCAAGGACGCGGACCAAGCCGCCAUGUGGGGAAAGCUGGGCAAGCUUCCGAAAACCAAGCCUUUGGCGGUAUUCAACGACCCAAACAGCUCCGUUGUGGUGCUGAAGCCGCACCUGAUCAGCGCUGGACGGGGUGGAAGCGCUCUUCAACAGCUUCUGGACGUAGGACUGGAGCCCACCGCAUUCACAACGGUUACAAUGAGCAGCGCGGUUGCCCGGGAGUUCAUGGAGCCGUACCGCAGCGUUUUGCCAAACCUGGAGGGCACUGUCAGCAGCUUUGUAGGCAUCAGCUGGGUACUGCAGGUCAUCUCGCUAGAUACGGCGGUGGAUGUUGUGGGUGUUGUGCGCAGCGUAUGCGGCCCCUAUGACACGGUCAUCGCCAAGAAGCUCUACCCAAAGUCCAUCCGCGCACGAUACGGGGACAGCGAAACCCAUAACGCGGUGCACUGCUGCGAUUUAACCAGUGACGGGCCCAUCUAUGCAAAAUUCUUUUUCCAACGGUGA